GAUACAUUAGCCACUCUCUUGAGGGCUUAUCGCAGCUUCAUGGCCUCCAAUGAGAGAUACACUCCGAAGGAGGUUGAGAUCCUGGAUGACAUGUCGCGGUGGCUAUCACCGAUAUUAAGAUAUCCGGAGGAAGCUAGGAGGAAGCAUCUCAAGCGCGACCAGCAGGGUUGGGUAAGGCUCAAAGAUGUUGAAGAAGCUCUUCGCAACUCUCGUCACUGGGAACAUGCUCGCUUGUUCAGGAGGAUGCUGAAGUGGAGCGUGUACGACCUUGGCCGGAAGGCUGGCAAUCCUCGCUUCCUCGUGGAGGAGUGGGAGGGGGAGGAGUACAUUCGUGCAGCCAAGAAGGUGCGCGAGGAUGAGGCACCGUGGCAGGCUGCGAGAGCUCCACCUGCGCCGUCCACAGCUACCGCAGCUCAGUCAGUGCCAGCCCCUCAGCCAGCAAUGACCUUUGGCGAAGAGAAAGCUGCGCAAGCUUCGUCGCCACCACCACCACCCCCGCCCCUGCCGCCGCCACCACCAGCACCUCCGGCUGUGCCAGCCGCAGUUGUGCCAGCAGCAGCGUCCAGGGCCAGGGUGUAUCAUCUACCACAAGGCUUCUACAAGAGUAUUCUGGAUUUCUGGACCACCCUCAAGGAGAUGAAACAAGCCAUGGCAGUAUCGAGAGGGUGGCGAAGAAAUGUGGAGCCGUUGCUACGCUGCCCUGGGCGUAAGAAUCCAGCACUGGCUGGACUGAAGGACACGAAGCUGCCUUGUGGACACCGUGUGUGCGCCAAAUGUCAACAAGAGCGGAGGAAGUGUCCAAAAUGCGGGAAGAUGACCUGGCAUGCUGCGGAGUUCUGGGAGCUAAGAUCCCAGGACGAUCCACGCACGUCCAUCCAGUACUACAGCGAUACAGCAAGUGAACGCACAAUGCGGACCACUUCUGAAGCCCAUCCAGCUUCAACGCGAGCCCUACAAAUUCCAAAUCUAGCCCCAUCGGUUCUCUUUCUUGGUCCUGCGCAUCAAGCCUUGGACUCCUCGGAAGCUCCAAAUCCAGCUGCUCCGGAUCCGUAUCGAUGGAUUCGUCGGCCAGCAGAAGCUUUGGACCCUUUCACACCCAACUCAGACCUGGACGAGGCUGAGAACAAAUGGGCACAGCUCCCGUCCGGGCGCACUUUGCAGACUCGUUAUUGGGCCUUCUUCCAUUUCGAGCGCCAAACAAUUGCAAAAGUGCGCGGCUUCCCAGUGUCCAAGAUUCUGACCAAGCCACAAACUAGUGACGUUCCGCGAGGAUAACAAUGAGGUCAACUUCGUGAAGUGAAUGCCUGUAUUGGAAGUCCCAAUGAACGAGGGCCGCAACAAAUGACGGUCUGAAGGUAGCAAAUGUCCUUGUCGGGUAAGUUUUGACCUGUGUGAAUGGCGUAACGGCGUAACGGCUCCAUUACUCUCUCCAAUAUCUAUACCGACUUGGCGAAAUUGAAUCCUUUACCAAGACAAAGUAAUCGCUAAGGCCGCUAAGGUUCUGCAUCCAGCACUCCAUCAUCAUGCCAUCGCCCAGCGUGGAUGCCUUGGAGGAAAUGUCAACACAUGUGGAUAGCUCAAAACUUUGCCGGGACGAAGAUGAAGCCGUACGCGACAUCCUGAAGAUCUUUGGUUACCCUGCAAGGCCAAUUGAGUCCAGAAAGCCUAGAACCAGGUGGAACCGUCCGUGAAAGGCAAAAAGUGAAUUCGGAGCACCAAUGGUCUGUGCAUUGGGUGCUCCGGCAAUUGACAUCAUUUGCAGUAUAGUUUCCUAUAGCCAAAACAUCACAUAAAAUGUGACCUGCAAACAUUGUUGGAUUGUGGUCACGAACCACAUUUCUUCCCUUCAGGACCCUGGCUGCAAGCACCUUCUUGUUGAAG